AACUUCGUCAGACCCAAAAGAAUAGAAAUCUUAGAAAAAAAAAAUGAAUCAAAAUUUUUGUAAAAUAAAUCACCACAGAGUUGUAUACUUUGGUGUAGCGGUUGUUAGUCACAGGAUGAAGGCUAUUAGAAAGCCAGCGACUCUACAGGAGAUUUCCGAGAGUAUUGGAAGAAAAUUUGGUGUGCCUGGCAGUGUUUUUGAAGAUGAGGUCAAAGUAUUGCUCGAGGAAUACCAGCCAUUCGGAUUUUUCAUCAAAAGAGGCGAUCUAUACAGUCUUCCGCCAGAACUGUUGGCAAUAAUGAUGGAAAACGACCGGGAUAAACGAAAGCGACCCAUUAAAUCACCUCAAGCCAACCAUCUUGAGGAAUCCGAUCAAGUUUAUGGCUGUGCAUCCAAUAUUGAUCACUCCAUGUCACUUAGGCAUCCAUAUCUUUAUAGAUUUAACUAAGCUGGGCACAAGAUAUUUUUAUUGAUUAACAGUUUUGUCAUUUUUUAUUAAAACUAACUAUCAAAUAUCCGGU